CGGAGCUUCGGCAAGAUGGCGCCGCCCGUAUCGCCCUUGGUUACUGGGUGUUGCUUUCUGCGGGCAGUAGCUCGACACGCGGCCCUCUGGGCAUCCGGGUGGUCUGAGGUCGGCGCUCCGCGGAGAGCUUAUGCAAUUCAGGCAGCUGAGCAAGCAACCAGUAGCACUCCAGCAGAUGCUAAUUCUAAGGCACUAUUGGUUUGCAAUGGACCUUUAGAACAUUAUGAAUUUCUAGUCAAAUCAGAGGAGCUAAAGAAUGAUGAACAACAACGGAAAGUCAUACAGUGUUUACAGAAGCUUCAUGAAAGCCUUAAAGACUACAGUAUCAGUUCAAAACACACCUUAUCAAAGUUAUUUUCAAGACACAAACUUUUAAAAGGCCUUUAUGUCUAUGGAGAUGUUGGCACGGGAAAGACAAUGGUGAUGGACAUAUUUUAUUCCCAUAUACAAGUAGAAAGAAAAAAGAGAGUCCAUUUUCAUGGCUUCAUGUUAGACGUGCACAAAAGAAUACAUCGCCUUAAGCAGAGCUUACCGAGGAGGAAACCUGGGUUAAUGGCUAAGUCGUAUGAUCCGAUAGCCCCUAUAGCUACUGAAAUAAGUGAGGAGGCUUGUCUCCUCUGUUUUGAUGAAUUUCAGGUCACAGACAUUGCUGAUGCCAUGAUACUUAAGCAGCUUUUUGAAAACCUGUUCCAAAAUGGUGUCGUCGUUGUGGCAACAUCAAACAGACCGCCAGAAGACCUCUAUAAAAAUGGGCUCCAGAGAGCUAACUUUGUGCCGUUUAUUGCAGUACUAAAGAAAUAUUGUAAUACCAUUCAACUGGAUUCAGGAAUAGACUACAGGAAACAAGGACUUCCUGCUGCAGGGAAACUUUACUACCUCACAAGUGAAGCUGAUGUGGAGGCUGUCAUGGAUAAGUUGUUUGAUGAGCUGGCUCAAAAACAAAAUGAUUUAACUAGACCAAGGAUUUUAAAAGUACAAGGCAGAGAGCUGAGAGUGAAUAAAGCAUGUGGAACCGUUGCAGACUUCACGUUUGAAGAGCUGUGUGACAGACCACUUGGUGCUAGUGAUUAUUUGGAAGUAGCCUCAGUUUUUGACUUGGUCUUCAUUCAUUAUGUACCUCUGUUUACAAUGGCAAAAAGGACACAGGCUCGGCGCUUCAUUACUCUCAUUGAUACAUUUUACGACAAAAAGGUACGUGUCAUUUGUUCUGCAUCAGCACCACUUCAGAGCAUAUUUCUUCAAGAACACCAUGAUAGUGGCCAGGACGAAAGUAGAAUACUGAUGGAUGAUUUGGGGUUAAGCCAGGAUUCUGCUAAAGCACUCUCUAUGUUUACGGGAGAAGAGGAGAUUUUUGCUUUUCAGCGUACCAUCUCACGACUCACUGAAAUGCAAACUGAACAGUACUGGAAGGAUGGGGACAGGAACAAGAAGAGCGUAUUGUAGCUUUAAAAGCUACAGUGUCAAUAAACAAACAUAAAAAGUGGUCAUGACAAAAAAAAGUUCUAGCUCAAUCAGAAAAUAUAUUUGACAAUGCAUCCCAAGUGCCAUGGGGGAGGGGUAUAUGGCAACUGGGGCAAAAUGGCACCCCUCCCCACCGCAGCCCCCCCCUCACUAUAGUACCUUAGAUGUCCUAGCAAUUCAUGAGUUUGCUGCUAAGAGGUUGCUGUUACCUUAGAAAAAGCAGCAUGGUGGGAAUUACACUUCCCAGGAGACCUUGCCAGGCCAAAUACCUGCAGCGGGCCCAAACUCCUGUGGGGCUCGCAAGGUCUCCUGGAAAGUGUAGUUCCCACCAGGAUGCUUUUUCGAAGGUAGCAGCAAACUCAGUUAAGUGAGGGAGCAUGGUAGAAGGGGGAGGGCGUGGGGACAAUUUUCCACCCCCAUGUGACCCCAAUGGCGUACCCCCAGGCCGUAGCGCCCCCAUCCCCCCCAGCUCCGCCUAUGCUGCAUUCACUUGCAUUUCAACCUUAAAAAUGCAAGCGUUUGGAAAGCAAAGUUGAAGGGGAUUUACUUGCUAACUAUCCAAUGGAGGAUAGUUUUAAAUCUUUUUAUGAAAAUUUUAUCUUACAACCUUGUACAAGCCAAAUCCUGGAUGUCCAAAAGUAUUUGUGGUCACCUUCAGUGUUUUGCAAAGGAUAGGCAUGAGGUGUAAAGCGGUAGGUCCUGUUUGUUCUCUUUGAAUUAUUCUGAUUUUGUUCCAGACACUUGGGCCCCUUCUGCACAUGCAGAAUAAUGCAUUUUCAAACCACUUUCACAACUGUUUGCAAGUGGAUUUUGCUAUUCUGCACAACUUCAAAGAGCAUUGAAAGCAGUUUGAAAGUGCAUUAUUCUGCAUGUGUGGAAUGAGCCCUACUGAAGUUUCAGAACUUCCAUGUCCCAUCACAUAUUGUUGUAACCGGUUUCUCUGAGUUAUGGUUCUGCCUUUAUGAGUAUAAUGAUUUUAAGAUUAUUUUACCAAUACACUACAAAGGACCUCAUCCCUUUAAUAGUGGAAUGUAUUGACAAUAUGAAUAAUUGUAAAAAUGUAAUUAAGUGAAAGCAUAGAAAGCACAAGAACAAUGGUGUUUGCUGUGAACUGCCAGUCAGCACUGUAUUGACAGGCUUCAUGUGUAGGGGAGCCUUAAAACUCAUGGUUUCAAUUUGUACCUACAUUCAGAAUGGAAUCUCAGCAAGCCCUGAAAGAAGAUCUCACUCUCACACAGACACAUAUGUGUGUACAUUGAGGACUUUCUAUGUGUUGUCAGAACAGUUAAUGACAGGCAAUUCUAUUUUGUAACAAAUCAUCACCCAGCUACAAUUCAGUGUUCCUGCCACCCUGAGUUGUCUCCCUAUGACAUAGCAACAUACCAUAUAUACUCGUGUAUAAGUCGACCCGCAUAUAAGUCAAGGCACCUAAUUUUACCACAAAAAACUGGGAAAACUUAUUGACUUGCGUAUAAGUCAAGGGUGGGAAAUGCAGCAGCUACUGGUAAAUUUCAAAAAUAAAAAUAGAUACCAAUAAAAUUACAUUAAUUGAGGCAUCAGUAGGUUAAAUGUUUUUGAACAUUUGUUUCAAAGAGAAACGGUAAACUAGCUCUUUAAGUGGAAAAGAGGGUCAACAAGAACAAUAUGGUACCAACAAUAACUUUAAAAGUACAAAAACCUUAGCUUUUUUGUAAGGAAGGGUUUUAAACAAUGGAUCUUACAAUAAAAACUGGAAUGAACAUGCCUAUUCACUGUGACUCAAACUACCCUGGUUUUCAAAAAUAGUUCAUUAUUUUUAGUGUACAUAUUUUUAAAAUUGCACAUGGCAGGUGUCAUUUUAGAAGGAACAUUCACACAACCUGUCAGGGGAGGAAUAUUUAUGUUAGCAGUACCAA